CUACUUGCUUUCCUGCCCUCUCAGAUGUAUAACGUGUACAUGUGUCCAGAAGAUGCAGAUUGAUAAUCUGAAUCCAGAGUUCCUGUUCCCCUGUUUUCACGACCAAAUCUGUUUUUGUUUUAGUCCUGUGUUCUCUGUACUCCCUCUAAGUGGCAGUAUAACUGUUGGUUCUGUGAGGUGAAUAAGCUCUGAAAAAAGUUCUUGGCAUUGAAAAAGUAAAAGGUCAGUUUUAUUCAAACAACUUCAGAUUCAUUUGGUUGUUGUUGUAUCCAGGGAAAAGAGCUGAGUCUGCAUAUCUCUUCUAUCUUUGUAGAUUGCAAUGAAACAGUCAAUUUAAUUUGUGUAAUUUUGAUUUACCACUCAUAAUCGACUGAGAUUGAUUUGUACUUUCAUAUUUAUGGUUCCAUGUGUAAAUAUCACACAUAUUACACUUUUGAGUUAUUUAACAAGAUGAACAUGACUGUAUGCAAAAAUCUACGGUUUCACAAUGAUUAACUGAAGGUGACAAACCACUUAAUGCUGGUUUCCUUUUCCUCUUGAUCUUUAAAGGCCCCCAAACCCCACACCCCAUUCAAGGUGGAGUCAAAACACUCUGCUCCUCAUGUUCAUCUGAGAUUAUUUCUUUGUUACACUCAGACGUUUUUGGCUUUCUUACCACAGUCACUGGUUUCUCAAUUAAUUUCCUCUUUCAUAAUGUUAGGUUUAAAGUAUGCUCAUGUUGUUCUCUUGUUUCUUAUCACCCCCUCUGUAAAUGCACAUGGAGGUAUUGUUUAUAUCCACAGAGGAAGAAAUUCAUCCAUUGACAUUUCCUGCGAAUCAACCAAUAAGGAGGGAAAACCAUUCGCCUUUUCACUGAAACGCAGGUUGCUGCAGUCCAGACGAGUACUGUACCUUUCUGAAGGAUUAUUACCAACUAUCAAUAAAUCUGAGGACAAGGAUCGCAUCACAGUACGUGAUGAGUUGUACAACCACACAGUUCAUCUGACAAUCUCAAACCUGCAGGGUCGGGACAUAGACGUGUACCACUGUGAAUUCUACUAUGGCAGUCUUCCAGAAGAUAAGAAUAUCCCUGGCAAGAUGGAGUUCUUCAUCUAUGUUGAAGACUUCUCUCGUGAGCCAUUGCCAUCGUGUGAUUGUUUAAGUUACCUGUCAUUGCUGUAUGUGAUCUCUGGAGCUGCAUGUCUGCUGGGGGUUCUGGUUUUCACUCUCGCUACAGCUUACUGUUGUAAAAGGCCCAACGGUAGAAAGCCACAGCCUGUAGUUCCUGUUUAUGAGGAGAUGACUGGGGUGCGGCCGGCCAAAAGAAAAGCCACAAGCUGUCAGACUGAUAUUGCAAAACUGGAAGAAGCAAACAGCUCUGUGGCCACUUUGUUCAGCAAGGAAAACCUCUAUGUUAAUUGAUUCAAUGAAAUGUAGUGAAUAAGAAGUCACUCUACUAGUGUUGACGUUCAUGAUGAUGCUUUAGCUGACCCACAAGACUUUACUGAAUCAUCAGCUUUAAAAGGUGUUUGAUAGCAUAAAAUUGGUCUUUUCAUCUUCCAUCUAUACCUUUGUUAAAGGUACUUUUAAGACAUGUCAUUUUAUUGCAGAAUCUCAGCUUGUAUCCUUUUUAUACAGAAAUGAAUUGCUUUUUUAAAGUACAAAAUGUAUAUAUUAUAUGAUAAAAAGACAGAUAAAAGUAUUUUGUAUUUCUUUAGUACACACUGGCAAUAUCUUUAUUUGCCGUUUUUGUUUUUAUCCCUUGUGUGGAACUGAAUAAGAACAGAAUGGUAGUUUCCCACUGUCUGCACAGUCUCCAUGUAAAAAAUGUUGCGAUAUCACAAAAUACUGUUGCAGGACCUGUUUAUUAAAAGGUUGGAAAAUUAUGGAAACUGACAAGGGGGAAAAAUGCUGUUGAUUAGACUUUCACAAUUUUUCAGACAUUAUGUAAAACAUUAAAGCAUGCAAAUAAAGUUUAGAUGAAGUGCUUCCACAGUUUCACACACAGGCUUCCGGUCUUUUCUGCCACUUGGUUGGUUUUCGUUCAAAAACAGUGAACCACAGAUCGCAAACAGUCUAUCUGACAGUUUGAGAUAAAAGUGAGAGCAAAGUGUGACAUUUGUUUGCUUUAAAUAUCAAUGCUAUAUGUUUUAUUCACAUGGCAACAAAUAAAUAUUAACUCUCAUGUACAUAUUUACAAUUUGCUUGUAUCAUGUUUAAAGAAAAACUUAAUAGUUUUCUGUCUCAAAUAGAGUCUCAAGACGUGGGAAUGUACAUUUGACAAUAAAUAGAAAUAUAACAGCUAA